CGUAUGUUUGUGUCAGGAAGUUAGGAUAAAUAUGAAUCGUGACGGUAAGCCACCUAAUAUACUAAUCAAGCAAACAUCCAGGGUCGAUGAACUGAGAAUAUUUUGGGAAGAAAAGAGCCCCGGCAGCGCAGGUAGUGGAACUGGAAGCGCAAAUGCCACAGCUAGAUCUGCAACAAAAUCACCCUUUCAGUUCCCCGCUGAUGGAGAAUCAAUCUUUGAACAAACGGAUAAAACAUCAGUUGAUGGUCCGAAAGAAACAAAUAAAAAUGACGCUGCGAUAGUGAAUACAUCCAAUUCAGAGGUCACACGGCCGGAAACUUGUGGACGUGCGAUGUGGAAAAGCACAAAAAACGUACAACAUUCGAGAAGUCAAAAAGACGCCUACUCUUUGACACAAGUUACAUCAACACUCCAAAAAACGUCAUGUAACGGUCAACAAAACAUAUCAGCUUUUACACGCAAUGUUCGUCUGCGUUCUACCAUUCAUGGAACGCCAAAUGCUAGAGGUUUUCAUCAGUACGAAGAAGAAGGAUUUUUUGCUAAAAAGGCACCAAAGCAGAGUGCUAAUGUUGCAUCUCCUGUCUCGAAUACAUUUGAAAGAAACAAAAAAUCACGAACUGCAUCGCUGAAAAGGUCUUUCAGGCGAAAGUUUUCCCGUGACAAAUUUGGAGAGGAAAAGGAGAAAUUUUCAGGAACGAAGAAAAACGUCGAAAAACAGACGACGCUACCAGAUCUACCAACGAAUUUGAAUUGCGGACAAAAACGUACGGAUUAUUUACAAACUGACAACGUAAAAGAACGCAGGCGGUCUCAUAGCUUUAGCGACGCAGAUAAAUUGAACAUGAUGAUGGUUCAUCGGGAUAUUACUAAGGAAAGAAAGGGAUCUUUAACAAUGACCGCUGAUGACACUUACCUCUUAAAUCGACGACAAUCUGAUUUUACGAUUCAGCCACCCAAGAAGAAAACCUUGAAGCUACUGAAAAACGGAUCCGACCUCUUUCGUCGACUGUCGCCAGACAGGAGGAAGUCUUCGCCUAAAGUGAGCACUGAAAAUUUAUCUGACGCUGUCGGAGUUAGACUUGCCACAGGCGGAAGUAGCAGCAGCCUGACAACAAACGUAACUGCAGAAUCCCCUUUCAAGAGAUCAUAUGCAAAAUCAGCUAAUUCAACACCAACGCACGAACCUACGUCGACAGUGACGGCAUCUGGACGUAAUUUUGUGAGAAGAAACGCGAUUGAAAUUCAUAAAGCGGAUUUAUCAGACAUGGAUGACAAGACUGAUGGAAAACACUUUUCUCCGAAAAAAUUUUCGUCGAGAAUGAGUCUUCGGAAGAAAUUCAAAAAACAAGAAUCAAAGACGAUGACAGAUUCCAAGGCUCUGCUAAAUGGUGAAAAUCCAAACACGUGCAACGGUUGCGGGUUCUCGGUAAACACCAAUCUGGAACAUGUAUCGGUGAAAGGUCUUCAUUAUCACAGGACAUGCUUCAAAUGCAAAAAGUGCGACCAAGCACUUACGUUAAAGACAAGUCGGAGGGACACAGAGGGCGGCGUUGCAUGCGAACCUUGCACUCAAAACGAAGCAAUGACUGAAGGCAAGCAAUCGCAUGACAGCUUCAAGGCAGACGAUCUUUUCGCUAUGCUCGAAAAAGUACAGGGAACCAGACUUGAUGAACAAAGAUGUUCCCUUCACAUGCCUGCUGUACCUGUGGAAAAACAGGUGGAAGCUCCCCUUUAUCCUUCCAUACAAGAAGUCUUACGUAAAGGACUGCCUUACCCACAAGUUAUCCCUCCGCCUCAUGGAGGAUACUGGGCUCAAGGAUUUCAUCCAGACUCGCCUCAUUUGGACAUGGAUGUUGCAAAAGAACCGAUGUUACCGUACACAGAUAAAUUAACAACUGAAAGAGAAGAAAUCAUUACCUCUUAUAGGAGACACUUUUUAGGAAAAGAACAUGUCAACUUAUUUGCGUACGACGAUCACCUUGGACCUCUGGUAAUGUCUGUGAAACACGAGGACUCGGCUAUCGCGGAGUCUGGAUACACAAGAAUAUUAUUGAGGUGCAGAUCCCGUUCAUGGAUACAUCGUAUCCCAUCUGCUGAUGGUGGAAAUCCAGUUUCAUGGGCUAAAAAUAUAUCUCAGGACAUUACUGUGGACAGAUUCUAUCCGGUGGUUUCUACGGCCGCGUGGAAUUCAAUUCUGCAAUUCGAUGAGCAUUCGGUCAACUCUGCUAACAAAUUCGGAAUUCUUUAUCAAAAACCAAACCAAGCCAAAGAAGAGGAAGUAUUUGGCAAUCAAGAGGAAAGUCCUGCCUUCAAAGAAUUUUUAGAAUUCAUCGGAGAAAUUGUCGACCUUCAAGGAUUCAAGGGUUUCCGAGGAGGCUUGGACGUUCAACACGGUCACACAGGCGAUACAUCAGUAUAUGGGAAGUACGCAGAUAAAGAAGUUAUGUUCCACGUUUCAACUAUGCUACCGUACAUUGAAGGCGAUCGUCAACAGCUUCAAAGAAAACGUCACAUUGGAAACGACAUUGUAGCCAUUGUUUUUCAAGAUGGUGAAACUCCAUUUGUUCCAAAUAUGAUUACGUCACAUUUUCUACAUGCAUAUAUCAUCAUUCAAGCCAUAGACCCAUGCACACCAGAAUGCCGAUAUAAGGUGUCAGUCACGUGUCGAGAGGACGUGCCGGAAUUCGAACCCUCGCUUCCUGAACCUGCAAUCUUUGCAAAAGACGAUACCUUCCGAGAAUGGUUGUAUUGUAAAAUGAUGAACGCAGAAUGGGCGUGUUACAAAUCAGAACAAUUUGCUAAACUUCAAUAUAGGACCAGAUCCAUGUUACUUGACCAGUUGUACGACGAAAUACAGAACUCAACGGAAUCAAUGUUAGGAAUGAAAACAUCUGUAUCCACAGAUAAUCUAAGUAGUGCAUCGUCUGAUACUGUGAAAGAAGGAAGCAAUAAUGGAUUUUUCGAUGCAUUCAAGAGGUUCACAAGAAACCGGGCCCCAUCGAUCGAACAAAAUGCCAGUCCCUUGAUGUCGAAUAGGAAACUAGGUGCAACAUCGUCGGAAUCAAAGACAAGCAUCUCAUCAGUCAACAAUGAACAAAGCAAAUCACCGGGCGGAAACCUAGGAAGAAGCGCAACUUUUGAUGAAAACGAUAGACAACGACAGAAAGGGGAAUCAUCUUCUUUACAACAUGGCAAUGAUAGUGGGAAUGUAUCUGAUUUAACGUUAGACUAUAGAUCAACACAAGGUAGUAAUCCAUCAUUGAGUGGAUCACCAAAGAAAACUAGACGAAAUCGAGCUCAUUCACCAUGUCCUUCAUGUGGAAGCUAUAACAGUUUAGAUUCAGAUACGGGACUGGAAAGCAUGGCCUCUUCCUCUCACACCGAUUCCUGGCCACGAAGCGGAAAAACUGGCACCUUUGAAACAAACAACAAUCAUCCUGUCGAUCAAAAUCAGAAUAAACAAACAAGUGGUAAAAAUUAUCAACAACAACAACGCACACAUAUAACAAAUUGCAUAGAUCGUAAACAUUCCGGUAAAGAACUCGAUCAUUUGCGAAACGAAGUUGCAAAAUUACGAUCCGAAAAGCAGGAAUGGAGCCGUCAACAACAAGAAUACAUGAAUCUUCAAAAAGAAUUGAGAAAACUUCGGGAAAAGGAUUUAAAACAACCCAACGACGUCAACAAUUUGUCACGUAAAUUGGACCAAAUUGGUGUCACAGAUGCCAUUCCGACCACGGCUGAACAUUUAGUAUGACGUUAAGGGCAGAAAGGAUGAAAAACUAGUACUGAUAGAGAAAGCUCUCAGACGAUGCUACUGCGCCGAAAUGUAACUGCACUCCGCGUUUAGAUAACCGUCGUCACUACAAAAUGAUUUGGCGUUAUUUAAUGUUGACUCGGUGUUAAAAAAUUGAAAAACAUCGAACUGGGACAGUUUUACUACGUUUGUCGUCCGCAUUUACACAAAAAUGCAUGCGCAGAGCGCUUCUACUUCAUAUUUAUCCACAAUUUUACGUGGAAGAAAAUGGAGAAUUUCUGUCUCAUCUUGUUUGUCUGACGUAUUUUCGCCACUGUGUAUUUGUAGCUCGUCAACAAUUGCUUCAGUAUUAUUGCUGCAUAGUGUCGCAGAUUGAGUCGUUUCAAAGUCCAAUACCGCGAAUGCAGCAUACUAGUAUCAAAAUUGACAUCAUUGCGGAUUUAAAAUCAACGUACUCAUACUGUGGACUGACUUUGUCUGCAACGUUCGCAUGUUGAAGUUUCCGUAGCCGUAAAUAUGUUAAGUUCGCAUAUUUUCGCAAAUUAACUUCCUUGCCGUGAUAUUGAAACAGUUAAAAACGAAUACGUGUAACGAAUUUGACGAUCUAUAAUAUUUGUGCACUAAGUUAUUUUCCCAUCCCAUAUGAAAAAGUUUAUGUACAAUCAACAUGCUCUUUUUUUGCUCAAAUUUUUUCUUUUUUUUUUCUUAUCAUUAUAUCCGUUUUACUUUUUUGUUCGCUACCGUUAUAUUUUUAAAUCGCUUUAUUGUUGUUUUCUACAAGAAAUUAGAAUAUUAUCCUGAUCAAACAAUAGUUUCAUCCUAUUAUAUUAUUCAAAAUACUAUACAGUACAAUUAUUUCUACAGGGUAUGGGGGAGAUUCAAUAUAUAAUAUUUUCAUCUACAUAGCAUAAUUCGAUUGUUUUUGUGAGUCGGUUCAAUUAUGCAACUGACAGAAGAAAUGAUUAAAACUGCUACCUAUAUUUGGCAAAUAUCGUUAAAGAUAAUUCUAGCUUUAAAUUGUACUGCAUUUAUUUUGGUCUCUAUUUUCAGCAUAUGUCACUAAUUUGUCCUCUUUCAUUCUCUGUAUUUGCACAUUUGUGAUGAUGCAAUAUCAUCAACUUCUGCCAUGUUUGUCGAUGUUCACAGAAAUACUAAUAACCACUGUCAAUUGGACAUAAAGAGAACGUUUUACCCAAUAUGUGAGGAAUUCAUAAAAUGUUAGAUAGAUAUUUGAUUCAGUUUCGUGAACUAUAUGUCACCAACGGAAAUAGUUGUUCUUAAUGCAAAAUCCUGUCGCUCUUAACUUUAUAGCCUUUUACAUCCGCGUCAGCCCGAAACCGUGGAAUUGGUUCGUCCUAAAUAUACGUUAAAAGCGUGUGAAGUACUUCCUUGGUAAUUUGUGACAGUGUCCGUGAUUUUUUUCUUUGUUAUUUAUUCUUAAAAAAUAUACUCAGAUGGAAAAGUUCUUCUUUUUCUUAAAUGAAAUUGAAUUGUAAAUUGAAUUGUCUUUGAUUGUAAACUGUAAGACAGAAAAGAUUAACAUGUUUAUCGCAUUAGUCGUCAUUAUCAUCCAAGUAUUUUUUUUUAAUCAGUAAAGAAUUUGGACAUUCCGGAUAUGAUGCGGCUAUGUUUCCUAAAAGCGGGUAUAAUGUAAUUUAUACACUCCGGGUUAGAUAGAGUAUGCUACUCGUUUUCAAAUGAGAUUUGGUAACGCGAGAAGAAUGCGUAGCAUUAGGAACGUCGUGAAUGCCACUACACUUUACACAUAUUCGACCGUACUACUAAUACCUCAAAACACGCAUUAUUCUUGUAAAGUAGUAUCGAUUUGUGUAUUCUAGAACUUCACGUUAUUGCGGAAAAAAUAUCAAUCAAAUUGUUCUUGUGUAUUUUUAUAGAUAAGGGAAAUAAAAACAGAAACCUAGUUCGUAAUUGAAAUAUUUUCUGUAACUGAUUCUUGCUAACAAAUAAUUGAUGGACAAUAUGACGGUUUUCGAAUUUUUUUUAUUUUUCUCGUUAGUUCUACUACUGUUAUUUACGUUCUACUUUAUUUUAGUAUCUCCUUAUGAAUGUAAAUAUUGUGUCGCCAUUUUUGAUCGACAAAAAUAAAAAUGAAAUAAUAAAAAAA